GGAGAAGCGCUAAUAACCCGGAAGUGGUCGUGGGUGCGGCGCUGUUUAAAGAUGGCGGCGGAGGAACCUCAGCAGCAGAAGCCGGAGCCGCUGGGAAGCGACUCCGAAGGAGUUAACUGUUUGGCUUACGAUGAAGCCAUCAUGGCCCAGCAGGACCGAAUUCAGCAGGAGAUUGCCGUUCAGAACCCGCUGGUCUCCGAGCGCCUGGAGCUCUCUGUGCUUUACAAGGAGUACGCGGAAGAUGACAACAUCUAUCAACAGAAGAUCAAGGACCUACACAAAAAAUACUCCUACAUCCGAAAGACCAGGCCCGACGGCAACUGCUUCUACCGAGCCUUCGGCUUUUCCCACCUGGAGGCCCUUCUGGAGGACAGCAAGGAACUUCAGAGGUUCAAAGCCAUCUCUGCCAAGAGCAAAGAGGACCUGGUAUCUCAGGGCUUCACCGAGUUCACAAUCGAAGACUUCCACAACACGUUCAUGGACCUGAUCGAGCAGGUGGAGAAGCGGACCUCGGUGGCCGACCUGCUGGCCUCCUUCAAUGACCAGAGCACCUCCGACUACCUGGUGGUCUACCUGCGGCUGCUCACCUCGGGCUACCUGCAGCGGGAGAGCAAGUUCUUCGAGCACUUCAUCGAGGGGGGCCGGACCGUGAAGGAGUUCUGUCAGCAGGAGGUGGAGCCCAUGUGCAAGGAGAGUGACCACAUCCACAUCAUCGCGCUGGCGCAGGCCCUCAAUGUCUCCAUCCAGGUGGAGUACAUGGACCGCGGCGAGGGCGGCACCACCAACCCCCACGUCUUCCCGGAGGGCUCCGAGCCCAAGGUGUACCUACUGUACAGACCCGGACACUACGACAUCCUUUACAAAUAGGGGGCGGCGCCCGGGCCCUGCCCGCCGCCGCCCGCCAGCGUGGGGCCAGUCCUGCCCGCCCGCCCUCCCCGCUAACAGGCGUUAGACAUGUACAGGUUUUUUGUGGUUGUAAAUGGUAAUAUUUCACUCCCCUCCCCCCCUGUCCCCCUUCACCUUGCGUGUUUUAUUAAAGGGGAUGCUGGUGGCGAGGCCGUGUGCGCGCCCGUGUGUUGCUGCUGUGUGCGCCCUGGGCCCCUCUCUUCCUUAGGGCACCGGGGUCCGGCUCCCGCCCCAGCCGCCGAGCCCGGCAGGAGCUGCCGCGGGGGGCACGGGCCGCCCUACUCGGCGUCCACCGCCCCCCGGGGGGCUUCUUCCGGGAACCCUCCCACCGAGGCUUCCCUCCCUGGACCUUCUGAUGCCGCAGCCCCUCUCCGGGGUCUGCAGGGCCUCCAGCCCUAACCGUGCUUCCAUGUGGCGGCCCUCCCGCCCCGGCGCCGGCCCCGUCUGGGCCCGGGCUCGACGCCCAGCCCCUCGGGAUGCCCCUGGCCCUGGCUGGGCGGCCCCUGGGAACCCCCGGCUGCCUCUGCUCUCCCUUCUGCUGCUGCUUCUGUCCUGGUGCCCGCCUUGGUCUUGCUUCUUAGAAGGUUUGGCUUGUUCUUAGCUCUGCCCCCAGCAGAGGGCACUGCCACCCUGUAGCAGCAUGGUGCAGCCCCCUCCUCUCUGCCCUGGCCGCUGGGUGGGACCCCGGGGCCCCUCUGGGGGCUUCCCCAUCAGCCCCGGGGGGCGUCACGCCUCCGAGAGGGUGCCCAGCCAUGGCGGGCAGUGGCUUAUGCCCUGAGCCCCCGGCUACACAGUGCGCUUGCCUCCCCUCCCCCGCCUUGGCUAGCUGGGCCUCCACCAGUCUUUCCCUGCUUUCCUGAGUUCUCCAUUUCUUCCAGCAAGGGGAAGGGUGGGUGCCCCCCCCCCCAAAGCGCCAUCCGAGCCACAGAAAACCACCCCCCAAAAGUCAUGGUUUGUCCGUCUCCUCUUAGACUGUAAGCCCCUCUCGGGCAGGGAGCGUGUGUUCUGUGCAACUGUAUUGCGCCUCAAUAAAUGUGAACUAAUUGUUGGCAAA